AUGCCAGCGCCAACAUCCGCAAAUGGUCCCAGCUCGGCAUUGAGGGCGAGUGGGCAGACCAGGAGAUACAGACCUAUGGCUACAUUGCCCCCCGGCUUCGUUAUCUACAUGCAGAGAAAGCUUUUCCACUGGUCACAGAAGUGGAAUCCAAACUACAAGGAAUAUGUUGAAGAGAAACAAGCAACUGCAGAUGACGAUGGUAAGCCAGUCGCCAGUGACCGCAUGCUCGAGGAGCUAUCCAAUGAUAAAUACGGUAUCGGCUGGGGAGCACAACUCCAUAUCAAGCACUACCCCAAUGCAAAGCCAAUCGCCAUUGCGCAAAGCAACUCUGGACCGUACUUCCAGUUUAGCCCGCGGACCGUCUCGGAUCGCAACUACCCCUUGGUGCGCGAUGCUUACAUCUAUCUUAACCGCGUCCCGGGCCAGCCCGUGGACCCCAAAACUCGUGAAUUCCUGCGCUUCGUCCUCAGCAAGCAGGGUCAAGAGAUCAUUGCCGGACUUGACAAGUAUUACGCCUUGACCCUCCCUGAGCUGAAGUCUCAGCUGUCUAG